GAAGGAGGGUCAUUUAUUGUUCUAAUUUCGAUAUGCCUUGCAUGCAUGUACCACUGUUUUUUGGCAAAAUAUUUCAUAUGGAAUAUUAUUUGAUGUGAAUUCAAGGAGGAUACACCAGGAAUGAUAUUUGCUUAUUUUAAAUUAUCUGCAAUUUGCAGCGUAAUUUUUUAGUUUUCCACAGAUGAUGAUAAGGUUGCCAAAUUAAAAGUGUCUGCUCUUGGUGUUGUUCAUUUAAUUUUGAAAUCCUGUGAACCUUACUACUUGUCAUGAUGACGUACUACUCAACAACCAUUAUCCUGCGAAUAAAACUUUAUUUUCUUCAUUAUUUAAAUAGCCCAGUGAGCCAUUUAUAAAAACCUGAAUAGACAUGAUAUAACCACCAUGUUAGGAAGUUUUCGGGAUUCCAGAGGCAUGAGUGGACAACUCACACUUAAUUUUUGCAUUUGGUGAACAAGUUUAUUUUACAGCACUUAGGAAGUGGCACUUAUAUUUCUGUUCUGGUCUGAACUAAAAAGAAAAAUUGGGGAUAUCGAAGACAAUUUCAAACAAUUUAUGGAAAAUAGGCAAUCUCAAAAUCAAACUCAACUUUAGAAUCGGUAGAUUUGGGAAAAUCUUUUAUGGAUAUACAUGUAGUCCUUUCUAAUGAAGAGUGUUAGCCUUCCGCGUAUGGACCAGAGGAAUUUGCAUGUGUCGUUCAACCUCAGUUCAGGCACAUACAACUCUGGUGUAAAGGAAGACAAGAGGUCACUUAGUUCAGUUGACAUUCGGGAUGUUUCGGACCAUGAGGGGAAUAACGGGACCCUCAGGAAUAGUACUCUUCCUGUUACACCAGGGAGUACUAGCAAGCGGAAACGCUUCUGGAACUCCAUUAAGAGGUCGACAAGAAAACUACGUGUCCGCAGCAAAGACCGACUCUCCUCCGAAAAGAAGGAGGAAAAGGUUGCGCAGAGUCAGCCAAAUAUCAACACACAUUCCAAUUCACAGCAGACUUUCGAAAGUAUAUUUGGCACUGCGGACCACCAACGGGGACAAGUGCAACAGGGCUUCCAGAAUGAACGAAGUUUUAGUGAUCCUGGUAACCUUGACGAGGGUGAGAGGCCGCCGAGGGGGACCCUUGAACAUUCCAAGAGCAUGCCGGUCGAACGGGAUGAAGAGGUGGACAGUGGGAUAGCGGUGGUUGAGAAUGCGGAAGCUGGAGUGUUACGGCAGAGAAUGAACGCCCUCAGAAGUCAUCCAUUUUAUCAACUAGAGAUCGUGCUCAAGGAAGGGAAGGAUUUAGUUGUCAGAGAUAGUUGUGGUACAAGUGAUCCCUAUGUUAAAUUCAAACAAGAUGGUAAACUGCUGUUUCGAAGUCGCACAAUGUUCAAGAAUCUCAAUCCAAUAUGGAAUGAGAAGUUCUCCACGCCAAUCGAGGAUCCGUUUAAAGUCAUAUCACUCAAGACGUAUGACUAUGACCGGGGUAUGCAUGAUGACAGUAUGGGGAAUGCAGAGAUCGACCUUACCACCUUGGAUCUCAAUACGACCCAGGAGUUAAAACUAAUGCUGGGUGACCCAAAGAGUAAAGAGGACUAUAUGGGUUACCUGGUGGUGCAGUGCACCCUCUCGCCCAAGUCACAAGACGAGAAAGAACAGCAUCACAGGCACAGUGUGUUAUUAGAUCCCUUUUUCCAACGCAGUAUGAAGCUGUCCGAGCAAGCCAAGCGUCUGAAGAGCCAGAUAUGGAGUAGCGUCGUCACGAUCGUCCUGGUGGAAGGUUACAAUCUUCUGCCAAUGGACGACAAUGGGUUAAGUGACCCUUUCGUCAAAUUCAAACUCGGUGGAGAAAAAUAUAAGAGCAAGAAUGCAGCAGUGAAAUGGAAGCCAAAGACAUUACAUCCUAAGUGGCGCGAACAGUUUGAUUUGUACAUGUAUGACGAACAGACAAGCCAGCUGGAACUAACUGUGAUGGACUAUGACAUUGGGGGCAAAAAUGACCUCAUGGGCAGGGCUGUGAUAGACUUAGCUGAUUUAGAGCGGGAAGUGACUCAUACGAUAGAACAACCGCUGGAAGAUGGUGCCGGUGUCAUCAAACUGCUGCUGACGAUAAGUGGGACUCAGGGAAGUGAGACGAUAUCGGACCUGUCCAAUUUCGUCCACAACCCGAUGGAGAGGGAGGAGAUUGUACGACGUUAUGGUAUUUUGAAUUCACUCAAACAUUUCAAGGACGUAGGCUGGCUUCAAGUAAAAGUUAUCAAAGCUCAGGGGCUUGCCGCAGCAGAUCUGAACGGGAAGAGUGAUCCGUUCUGUGUCCUCGAGCUGGUCAAUGCAAGGUUGCAGACCCAGACAGAAUACAAAACACUUUGCCCUGAGUGGGGUAAAAUCUUCACAUUCAAUGUGAAGGACAUUCAUUCCAUCCUAGAGGUUUCGGUUUAUGAUGAAGAUAAGGACAAGAAGACAGAAUUUCUGGGAAAACUAGCCAUUCCAUUGCUCAGGAUGAAGAACGGGGAGAGAAAGUGGUACGCUCUCAGAGAUAGGAAAUUGAAUCGCAAAGCGAAAGGGGCCAUUAUGUUAGAGAUGGAUUUUAUCUACAACCAUUUAAAGGCAGCAUGGAGAACAGUGAAUCCAAAGGAGGAGAAAUAUAUGCAACCAGAGCCAAAAUUCAAAAUAUCUGUGAUGAAACGUAACAUAGACCGUGUCUCAAAGAUAAUAGACAAUGCUGUAGAGGGAGGCAAGUUCAUAUCAAGUUGCUUCAACUGGGACUCAAAACCUCGCAGCAUAACGGCAUUUAUUGUCUAUCUUGUGAUAACGUGGAACUUCGAGCUGUACAUGGCACCGAUGACACUACUCAUAGUCUUCCUCUUUCAACUGCUUAUAGUUUCUGUGAUGGGCCGCCUCAUGAAGGACAAUAAAGAUGAUUUUUCAUUGAGAAUGCUCCAGUUUCAAGGAGUAAAUUUCGAGGAGUAUUUUGAUGAAGAAGAUGAAGAAGAAGAAGAGAAAGAGGCAAAGAAAACACCGGAAAGUAAGGAUGAGAAGAAAGGCUUCAAGGGAAAGCUCCACCAAGUACAAGAGAUCUGUCUCCAGGUGCAAGAAGGCAUGGACACUGCGGCCUCCAUGGGUGAACGAAUCAAAAACACAUUCAACUGGACUGUUCCCUGGUUGUCUGGUCUGGCUGUUGUGGCCCUCUUCAUAGCUACGAUCAUCCUGUAUUAUGUGCCUGUCCGCUACCUUAUAGUGGCAUGGGGUAUCAACAAAUUCACAAAGAAACUACGAGCCCCUAAUGCCAUUAACAAUAAUGAACUGCUGGACUUCCUUUCAAGGAUACCUUCAGAUAAAGAACUUAUGCACUAUCGAGAGUUACGUCCAGACCUCAGCAAUGUACCCUCAAAGAAGAAGAAACAGAGUUAACCACAGCAACACUGUUUUUGUACAUUGCCUGUGUCAAAUUGAAUAUGGUGCUAUGAGGAUUGCUGAAGUUGGUCCUGAUGAAUUGCUGAAGUUGGUCCAAGUGAUUGCUGAAGUUGGUCCAAGUGAAUUGCUGAAGUUGGUCUAAGUAAUUGCUGAAGUUGGUCCAAGUGAUUGUUAAAGUUAGUCCAAGUGAUUUCUAAGUCAAGGUACAUUCGAGUGAUUGCUGAAGUUGGUCCAAGUGACUAAAUGUAAAUCUAUUGAAACUAUUAAAGCAAAAAGAAAGCAACUUCGUAUCUUGUGGAUUCCUAUAGGAAUAAGAUGCUCCGAUGUAGCUGAUAUAUAUUUUCUUAUGGGGAGUAUUACCAGUAGUAAUUUCUUUUGACAUCAGUGUAUGAUAUGUACUAAAUUCUUUUAACAUCAGUGUAUGAUAUAUACUGUAUUAUUUUAGUUUUAUUGGAUGUUUUGUUUUCGAUGCUCCAUGUUGUGAUUUCUUUAUUGAGCAUCUUGAAAUCUGGGUGUUUCACUGUCGUUCUGUCACAUUCGACGGAAAAUGAAAGCGAGUGAGAAUGCUCAACAUUUGUUGUAGGAUGUACAAGAUAACAGGAAGUGAUUAAUUCCUCUUGUCAAUGCAAAGUCCGGAAACGAAAAUAGAUACCCAAUAUUGUGAUCACUGCUUUUAUUUUGAGAUGUACUGCUGGCCAGUGCAUCAGUUCCUAAACCCAAGACCGUAAGUUAUGUACAUUUCAGUUGAAAUAGCUGUUUUACCGUUAAGCAUCAUCUCCCUCCCUCAGAGGCUUACUGCUGAAGCAUAAGUGAAGGCAAAUAAGCAUCUACAACAGUGGUGGUGCUCCCUUGUGUCAAAAAUUUGAAUGUACCAGCUGUUUUAGUGAUUCUAGGAAAUUUUUGAUGUGCCAGCUAUCUGUGUUAGACUCCUCAGUAAACUAACUUUGCAUGUUUGUCAAUGCAAGAUGUGUUUUUAAAGCUAAGCUGUCUCUGUUAAAAAAACCAUAAACUUAGAAAGUAUAUGGACUGCCCCUGUCUGAAGACAGAUUAUGUGAUCAACAGUAUCUGUGAUAUGGGUGGGGUCUGUCACUUUAAUGUUUCUGGCAGGUCUAACUAACUCUGUGGAACAGGGCUUUUAUAGAAACAGUUCAGCUUUAAAUAAGAGGAAGUUCUGCAUGCUCUUAUUUUAUUUUAUUUUUUCUAUUUCAAGAAACUCAUCUCUGAUGAUAUACGUGUAUUGUGUUGAAAUAUGAAUUUCUGUGUACAUAUAUGUAAAGGUGUAAAAUAUCAUUAGUUUUAUACUUUAAGUCGUGUUGAAAAUCUCUUGAUCUUGGGAAGGUUGUGUGAUAUCUUUUGUUUCAUUUUCUAAAUGUUCAGGCUGGGUCUUAAAUCUAUAUUAUUAAAGGAACCUCUCUCCACUCUCUUCUGCCAAAACUACUACAUGUACUUUCAAUACACAAAUAGCCCAUGUAUUAAGAUAUUCUAGAAAUCAUGUUGGGAUUACCUAUAAUCAUAGAGCUGCACAACAAUGGGGUAGCAGACUUUUGGUAACACCCUGUAGAUGGUUUUCCUUUUCAAGGCUUGUGUGAUUAUCGGAACGACAAUGCUGUUAGCAUUGUCGUCACACAUUGUGACACAAUGCCACGCAGUGCCAGUGUACAGAGCCAGUAAAUGGGGUCACAACAGCGCACCUGAAAUAGCCCACACCCUGUAUGUAUGCAUUCCCCAUUAACUGUAAAACAGUCCAGGACUCUCACACUCUAGAAUUCUUAUGCUGAGAUGGGUUGAUCACAUUGUGAAUGGUCAUUCUAUUUACCAUUAUCAAACUACUCAAGAGCACAUGUACCAUGACAGUAUUUUGAUUUUUGAUUUCACCAGAGACUUUGUAUACACUUGUGGUUGGUUUAUUAGCUAUUCUCACAGACAAAAGCCGUCUUUCCACAUUAGCCUGUCGCAAAUAUCGCCCAUGAACUUGGUAUUUCAUUCCAAGUUCUCCACAGGCAUAAGCCAAUUGCACAGCAUGACACACUUAUGUGGAGAUAGGUUUUUACAUGGUCCGGAUACAACAGGCUCAGCCUUUAGGAGUUCUAACGAUUGCUUAAACCAGUUGUGAUUUAGAAACUAUCAAACCAGUUCUACUUUUUCUACUGAUCUCAGUUAUUCUUCAAAGAUCUUUCAGAUUUCUAAUGACUGUGCAUUGAUUAUGUUGUUAAAUGUGUUGAUUUUGAAUAACUACAACCAAAGUCAUCAUUCUGUUCUCUUAUGAUAAUGAGUAGAAAAGGUUCUCAACUCAGAUCAGUCAUAUUCUUGCUACAAGGUCUUCUGCAACCUUGGAAGUUAUCUUUAUUGAUUAUGUCUAAUGAGUGUGCAUCGGAACUUUGGUUGUGUUUGUCUAAAAUACCACAUUUGUCAUCGUUACAUGUGAAUAGCAAUUUAACUUUUUUAUCUCUUUUUCUUGUUGAUAUGUUACUACAUUGGAAGGGAAAUAAAAAUACAAGAUUCUAAA